AAGUAUCCUUUUUAUCAGCACUUGAUCAUCAGAAACAACUUGUAAACUACACAUUCAAAUAACCAAAACUGUCUAGCUAUAAAGUUCUGAUUAUUAAGCAUGCCGCCCACUUCUAGUGUUGCGCCAGAAGAGUACCUUAUAAAAUUGCAGCGUCUUGCCAGCCGCGGGGCAAUGCUGGAGGUUGUGUUGAGGUUGUUAUUAUUCACCGGGUCGCUAACAGCUGUGGUAGUGAUGGUUACAGGCAAACAAACAGAGUUGGUUCCUAUUCCAUUCCCCCCCUUCGGGAGCGUAUCUACUACUGCACAAUUCACGGAUACCCCGGCCUUUUUAUACUUUGUGGCAGCACUCUCCACAGUCGGUCUUUACAGCAUCAUCACGACCUGGUUGAGCAUCUCAGCACUGUCGAAGCUUGGCUACAGCAAAAAAUUAGCAUUAUAUAUUGUUUUAACUGAUGUGGUAAUGCUGGCAAUUGCAGCAGCGGCAUUGGGAACAGCCGGAGGAGUGGCUUACAUUGGAUAUAAAGGAAAUUCUCACACCCGCUGGACCAAAAUCUGUAAUAUAUUUGAUAAAUUCUGUCAACAUUCAGCAGGCGCCAUUCUUGUUUCGUUUUUUGCUGCCAUUGUUCUUGUAUUGCUGAUUCUGCGCUCUGUUUUUACCAUGUAUCUCCAGAUUCCCAGCUAGAGUACGAUAUUAUUACAGUGAAAUUACUUUUCAUUUGUGCUAUGGUGUUGUGUGAUUUUUAUUUUUUUUUCAAUAUUUAUACAAUCGAUUGCUGUUAACAGUC